GUGUAUUGGAUGUAAAUUAUUUGAUAGUAUGGUUUACCCCAUAAUGAUUGGUAUCUUCUCUCCAACCUCCCUACUUUCAGACACCAAAUGAAUUCCUUUUCCAUUCAGAAACACCACUGCACAUAACCAAUCAAUGCUACGUGAAGAAACUGUCAAGUGCUGCAAGCAGAAAUCCAUGGAUUCAGCAAAGCUUCACAUAGCCAUGUUUCCAUGGCUUGCGUUUGGGCACUUCAUCCCUUACCUCCAACUAGCCAACGAUCUUGCAAAAAGAGGCCACAGGAUCUCACUCUUACUCCCAUCAAAUGCUCUGCUUAAACUCAAACAUAUGAAUCUCUACCCACAACUCAUAACCUUCUGUGCUCUUACAAUCCCUCAAGUCCAAGGCCUGCCCCCCGGUGCAGAUACCACAGCUGAUACAAACAAUCUUGAUGGUUCACUAACAUUAGCCUUUGAUGGGUUGCAGGAUGAGGUGAAAAGCAUUCUUCUUCAGAUGGAAAAGCCCAAUCUUGUGUUGUAUGACCAUGCUUAUUGGAUCCCAGAUUUGGUAUUAGAGAUGGGAUGCAAAACUGUGUGGUUCACAGUUGUUAGUCCUACCGUAUCAGCACUGUGCCUACUCAUGUGGGCUAUCAAAGGCAAAGGCAGGGCCGUAACGGCUGCUGAUUUAAUGGAGGCGCCGCCGGGUUUCCCUUCUGAUUCCAAGGUUGUGUUGCGAGAACAGGAAGCGUAUCAAGUUUCACGUUUCGCUAAUGCACCUACCAACAGGAUGAAGGUGUUUGAUCGUAUUGGAGAGGCGCUGAAACGGUGCGAUGCAAUAGCCUUCAGAACCUGCAAUGAAAUGGAAGGACAAUACUGCAACUACAUAGCUACUAAGUUAGGUAAACCAGUCUACUGCACGGGACCGCUAUUGCCGGAGCCGCCGAGGGAAGAGGCGUUCGACGGCGAAAUUGCGAGGUGGCUGGACAAGUUUGAGCCAAAUUCAGUGAUUUUCUGUGCGUUUGGGAGUGAAUUGGCGCUUCAAAAGGAGCAAUUUCAUGAACUUGUUUUAGGGCUUGAACUCACCGGCCUACCGUUUCUGGUCGCCAUCAAGCCGCCGGAGGGAUCAUCGUCUAUAGAAGACGCCUUGCCGGAGGGAUUUGAAGAGAGAAUAAAAGGAAAGGCAAUAGUUCAUGGAGGUUGGGUGCCGCAAUCUAUGAUUUUGAGGCAUAAAGCCGUCGGGUAUUUCGUGAACCACGGCGGAUCUGCGUCAAUGCGGGAGUCGUUGGCCAGCCAUUGCCGGAUAAUUGUGGCACCUCCAAAUAGAUAUGACCUCACUUUGAAUGCUCGUCUCAUGGCGGAGGAACUUGAGGCCGCUGUUGAGGUUCAAAGGGAUGAAAAUGGCAGAUUUUUCAAGGAAAAUCUGUGCAAUGCUAUCAAAUCUGUGAUGGGGGAAAAUAUCCAGAAGGUGAAUCAUAAGAAAUGGAAGGAUUUACUACAUAAUCCUAACUUCGCAGAUAAUUACAUAGACAAUUUCAUUCACAAUCUGUACGAGCUCUUGGCAAAAUAAAUAUGUAAUGCACACAAAAUAUGCAGAGGUUUUCAAAAGUUUGUUUCUUCCAAUUAUUUUACUAUUAUUAUUUUCAAGUUAAUUGAGCUUACACCAUCCUUAUUGUAAGACCAGGAUUCACAGUUCACAGUGGACCUUGAUGGAUUUGUAUGUCUUUUGCGUCUUGUGUUAUAAAAAUUUGUAACUUAAGAGUAUGAGGUGUGUACUUGAAACAAAUUAGUAAUUGUGUUUAUUAUGUUAUGAAUUUCUAUGUCUUGUAUUGUGAAAUUCUGUGCAUAUGAAUACAAAUUAUGUACCUAAAUCAUAUUUGAAAAAUAAGUACAUAUAUAACAUGU